AUGAACUCUUGUUGGGGUUUAUUUGGUUUGGCAUUACGCAUCUCAUUAUAUAAGAGACCUAGUGGAUUAAUAAAAAGCUUUUCGUACGUUGAUAGGGCAUCAACUCAAAAGCUUCUUCCAAUGCAUUUAAUAAAUUUUCAGAAACACACUGGAUCUCGUCAUGUUGGACAAGAUUCUGAUUCUUCAGAUGAUGAGUUAGCUGAUGAAGAUGAGGAUGAUGAUGAUAAUGCCGAUGAAUUAGAUCCAUAUUAUUCAGAAGAUAUGGCGUUCAGUCCACAUUUUCGACAAAUCUCAUCAUACGUCAAAUCUUUACGUUUUGAUAAAAUUAUUCGUGUGGGUUUAGAUAUCACUAGAAGUGCUGCUGACAAUGCCUUUUUUUCUAACCGAUGUAGGUUAAAUGGAGGAAAACUGCUUAAGAUGGGUACUACAGUUUAUAUAGGUGAUAAACUUGAUAUAGUGAUCGACGAUACAGAAGAACCUCUUGGUAAAAGAGUGCGAGUUCUUGAUAUAAAACAAUCAAAACACAAUAAUUACAAGAUUAGUUUACGUUGCUGGAGAAAUAAUUUGUAUUAUGUCAAGUUAUUUUUGGUUGGUCGACCACCUUUGGCUCUAUUUUCAUUAUUUCUAUUAUUAUGUGCAGUUGGAUUAAUUGUAUUAGAUGUACUAGUGAAUAAAUUCCCUCCUAAUAAUCCUGAUGUUGAAAAACAUUGGAAUAAAUUAUUAUUAGAAUUAUCAGGAUUAGAAUUUUGUAUUAUUAAUUCAUCAAAUGCAAGAUUAAUGGCAGAAUCUUACGCAAGUGCACAUGUUCUACGUGGAUUAGAUGAUAUAAAAUCUGACAACGUCAUUAUUUCACAUGCAAUCCAUCUACCUUUAUUAAUAUAUCCUAAUGAAGAAUUUGUUUAUGAUAUGUCAUAUUUAUUAAUUGCUAAAAUGUAUGGACGUCAUAUUGGUAUUAAAGGUCCUUUAGCAUUACAAAAACUGAACAUAUCUUUUCUGGUACCAUCAGUUCGAAAUGAAAAUCGUAAAGGAAAGAAACUGAACUUUCGACUUGUACAUUUAAAAACAUGUGUGACUUUUACUGCUACAUCGGCUAUUUUCCCACCAAUACUAUUACCUCCGACUUGUGAACCAAACUUAAUUGGUAGUACAUCCUCAAUAACUAGUCUUCUUGAAUGGUCCAAACGGACUGGUGUUUUUGACUCAAACCGUUGUCAUGGUCGGACACGAAUACAGACUGAGUUUCAUGUUUCUCCUCAUCUUUUACCACGUUUGGAAAAGGUAGAUAUUCUCCUCAUUUCAUCUCGACUACAAUUUCUAGUAAUUAUAUUGUUACUGUCAGAUUUUCUUAUAUUGUUUUUCGGUGCACGAUCUAUGUCUCGUUCUCCAAUAAAUAUAAGAGGUCGGAAUGUAUUUUCUUUAUAAAUACUUGUCACACAAAUCAAAUAUAAAAUAACUUAUUGUUAUUAUCAUCCAUCGGUAAAAAGUUUUCAUCAAAUGGCACAAUGUUCAAUUCUGCGUUUACUAUGAACAGCUGAAUUUGGAUCAUUUGAUAAACAAUUUUACACGGCAGUUUAAAAGUUAACAAUCUACAAAUUUCUACUACAUAUAUAUUUUUUUGAGUUAUGUACAAUUCCUAUUCUUAACAUUGAGUAGAUUAAUUUUUCUAAAAAUUUUUUUUAGUUUACUACAUUGUGAUAUACGUUUAUAAUUCUCAUUCUUUCUUAAUUGUCUAUGUAGUUUAUUAUUUGGAUCAUUCCAUUCUCGUUUUUUUGAAAGGGAGGGAGGGUGGUUAGAUUCUUCUCUCUUUUUUGUCUGAUACGUUGAAUCAACAUAUUAGCGAGCUCAAAUGUGAUAUACAUGUAUAUUUGAUUUUAUUAUAUCUACAUAUAUCUAUUUUGUACACCAUCUUUUUUAUUGUUGUUACUAUUAUUAUUUGUGUUUCUACAACCAUAAAUGUACUUUUUCGACUCUAUAAAUAACUGAUGUAAAUAUAAAAAUAAAAGUUGG